UGCCUUCGACAAGUAUAUCAACGAAACGCUUGGUCUUUCUCACGACAUGCUUGUCAUGGGAACAAAGUUCACCGAUGACCGCGGCUUCUACUGUCCACCACCAAUUAUGCGCGACACUCCAAAUGGCACGUCACCUGCCGCAGACCUAUCGGUGGUCGGCAGCACUCGUGAUAUAGCCGGGUGUCUCUCGGCGGUCAACAAGAUUCCAGGUCUAAAGGACGACUAUCCUCCAAAGACCGGCGAGCUCCUAACAGCAUUCAUCAACAGUGCAUCGGCAUCACUCGACGACAUGCGGUUUAGGCACGAACUGCAGACCACAGACAUAGACACGCUGUACCAGGGUGUUGUGCAGACCAUUGCCAGAACACAGUCUGGCAAUGAUACAUUGGACCAGUUCUACCAGUAUCGAGAGUGGGUAGAGGAGAAGAAAAAGGAAGCGAAAUUCAUUGCGCUGUUCUUCAUAGAACUGGUCGUUGGUGCGGUGGUCGGGGGGAUCAUUGACAUUGCUGUCGGACUGGUUGGCGAGGCCAUCACCAUGGGGCUCGAAGCUAUUGGUGCUGCAAGGGCAGUCGCAAGCAUUGAGACACAAAUGGCCCGGGCUAUGAAUACAUUGGCGGAGCUGCCUGGCAUCCGCAACGCAAUCCGGCUGGUUGACGAGGGCGCGCAGGCAUCAAAGCUGGUGUUCAGGCGUGCAUGGGGGUCGUUCCCAAAGCCUGUGCAGGCAUUAUUUAGACGGCUGGUGCCAAAGCUGGAAAAGGCGAAGAAACUGAUCAAGGAGUCUGGAUGCGAUGCAGCAAGCGAGAUUAUCCAGUUUGAAAUACCGGACCUGGCUGGCACAGCAGCACGGGUUAGUCUGCUGGCAACAAACUCGACACUGGGGAUUACAGGGUUUGAUGAAUCCGACAAGUACGAGCACCCGCAGGGGGUAAUCAGAAAGUCUUCACCCACCAGAGACAAGGACUGGUGCAUAUUUGACAUGACUAGCACGCACGAAUUGCGCGGAUACACGGACAAGGACGACUACCGCUACUGUUUCUGCCAAGUGCCCUCCACGACACAAACCCGCAAAAACAACAAGUCGCUGACCUGCUCCGAUGGUCGGGUUGUGCAAACUGGAUUCCUGCAGUCCAAGCCGCCGCUGGCACUCAAUGGAUUCGAAAAGCUGGAUCACAAGCCCAACUGUGACCACAUUUACGAGCUCAACGAUUUUAUGCGGUUCACCGGUGUCCGGGACAAAACCAAGCGCGACAAAAUGUGCAAGCGAAUCGAGAAAGUCGACCCCGAGUUCAACAGCCGCGUGCGCAGAUACAUCAAUGGACCGAAAAACCUGCAGGUCAUUGGAUCCAAAGUCAACGGUCUCAAGAUGCAAAUGUUCAUGUCCAAGUAUCCGGGUUCGUCGCUGCAAGACAAGGACAAGUUUGAUGCCGUCAAAUCGUAUAUGGAUAAGAAAAAGUCGACCUUGGAUACAGUGAAGACAGACCUGGCCAAGAUGUUUGGCGACUUGGAGGCUCUGGAGAAGAAAGAGAUCACGGGCGGCGAAGCACUGCAUUUCCAGGGCAUAAAGAGCAAGUUUGAGACGCACUUUGAUAACGGCGUAACCAGACGUGGCGAAUGGAUUGAUAUGGCUAACAAGAUCAUGGAUGAGAAGGACGCGAAGAAGCGGCCGUCACUCGAGAACCAGAUGCGUACCAAGGUUGAGACGGAGCGUAAGGCGAUCAGUAGCUUUUCGGCCGACACGCUGCGUGAUGUGAAGUCUGACCCUGUGGGCCACAUCUGCAAGAAGAGGCGCACGUAGAAUCUCUACUAGUUAAACAUGCAAAUGUGAGGUUGUGAAUCACGUCUCAAUCUGUUCCGCCAUUGGCUGUGGCGAGCCUCUUGUACUGGUACGGGGUCUGGCUGCUAAGAAACGCGCAAUUCGCUCUAGUUUUCUUUAUUGCCCUCUUGACAGCUGGCCGGUGUGGCUAUAAAAGGCUACUGGUGACAGUCUCGGGUGAAGUUGAC